GCAGCACAUGUCCACAGCCCAACCGGUGGUCAAGGGAUGAACAGCGGCGUGAUGUAUGCGGUACUUCAACUUCGUGUAAAAGAUCAGCUUGGCCCACAUAGGCUCCCCAACCUUCUCGAGUCAUAUAGUCCCGAGCGCGUGCCCAUCAUCGAGAAAAUGUUCGAGAUGACGACGAAGGUCCUCAACGACACGGUCGCACAUAAAGAGCGCUCCUGGGAACUUGAGACAAAGUUCUUCCAGCUGGACGUCAACUACCUUAGUAGCCUGAUCGUGCACGACGCGCGCGAAGGCGACGUUCCAGUACCGCCCGUCAACGUGUACUCGUUCGGUGACUUUGGCAGACCACAGGGAGGGAACGGGGUCCCCGAUGCGCCGCACUGGCUCGACCCGAAUGCUGGAGACCGAUUCUGGAACCUCUUCGAUGUGUUCACGCUCACGAAACACACCGUACUGGUGUUCGCGGCGGAGAAUCAUGACCCGGUUACUGACGAGGUGCUCGUUGCACUCCAGGAAUACCCCGCUGAGCUUGUGCAGAGUGUAGUAAUACUCCCGGCGCACAGUUUCGUGCGUGACAAUGCGGUGCUCCAGAGCGCAGACCAUGUUUUUAGGGACACGGAUCGCCAUGCCUCUGAGGGGUACAUCCGAAGGGCACUGUUGUUAUUGUGCGCCCUGAUGGCUUCGUCGGAGGAACCGGGAGCAUGUGCUAUGAAGGUGUAUUUCAGUAAAAUAUUUUCCUAG